CGUGCGGCUGAUGGGAGGGUAACGUCCACUUUUGGAGUUUGAAUUUUCGGAGGAGAAACUAAUCAUCGAGCCCCUGUAAAGAAGCCUGGCGCCCAAAGUUUUUUAAGCAUGAGUUGGGCUGUGGAGGAGUGGAAAGAUGGGCUUCCAGGGAAAGCCCUCCAGAAGAUCCAGGAGAUGGAAGUUCAGCUGGACAAACUAAAGAAAGAAAGGACACAGAAGCAAUUUCAGUUGGACUCCUUAGAAGCUGCCCUUCAGAAACAAAAACAAAAGGUGGACAGUGAACGUACAGAGAUCUCUGCUUUGAAACGGGAAAACCAGUCUUUAGUUGAGUCCUGUGAUGCUGUGGAGAAAGCUCGACAAAAGACUGUCCAUGACCUUGGAAUCAAGGAGCAACAGGUGAGCUACCUGGAGGGUCAGCUGAGCUCCUGCAAGAAGACUAUAGAUCGACUGGAGCAGGAGUUAAAAAAGUACAAAAAUGAGCUUGAUCGCUCUCAGCCGGCCAACUCUUCUACACUGUCAUCUUCAUCUUCUGAACUUCAUUCAUACAACACUCCACAGAAGAGUUUUGCAACCCCAGCACCGGUCUCAGCUUUUAAACACCAGGAUAACAGACUAGAAGAACUCCAGGAGAAAUACAAUCAAGAAGUAGAAGAAAGAAAAAGGCUGGAAACUGAACUCAAAGUCUUACAGGUCAAACUCCUGAGUCAGUCCUCAGUCACUGUCAGCCACAAAGACAUUGCAGCUCGUCAGGCUGGAUCUUCCAUAUUCCCAUGGCAACAGCAGGACCAGGUCCACAGCCGCCAGUCUCUUGACAUGAAGGAAACACCCCUGAAGAGACGAGGGACGUCCCUGUGGGAUGCCCAUGAGGAGACACCAAUUAAAUCCAGUCAGCACAUGAACUCGUCCAGGACAUUUCAGAGUCCCAGUGGAAGCUCCCAUCAAAUGGAACAGCUGAAAACUCUGAAUCAAGAACUUCAUGGCCGUGUGUCAGAACUGGAGAGGAAUCUGUCCAAUCAGGAAAAAGAAAUUCGCACUCAAGCUUUCAAACUGCAGGAGCUGCAAACUCAGUUAAGCAAAGCCCACAAAGACCUGGCAGAACGAGAACGAGACCUGGUCAAGGCCAGCCAGGAGCUGAAUCAAGCCACAGACAGGCACCAACAGCUGGAGGCCAAGUAUUCUUCAGUUGAGCAGAAGAUGAAACAAGUCACAGAGGAACUGAGCUGCCAGAGGCACAAUGCUGAAAGCUGCAAGCAGAUGCUGGAGCAGAAACUCAAGGACCAAGAGAGGAACAGCCAGAAGGACUUGGCUCAGCUUCAAAGUUCUCAUCAGGCUUUGGAUCAAGAGCUGAACCAGACCAGAACCAAGCUCACACAAGCAGUUCAACAAUCCAAAAAGGAUUACAAUAUUCUGGAAGCGGAUAUGGAGAAGAUGCGAUUCCAGAAGAGUCAAUUGGAAAAAGAAAUGGAGGAGCAGAAACUAAAACUGUUGCGGUCAGAACAAAGCCUGCAAGCGAGCCAGACCAAAGAACUGGACCUCCGCAAGAAGAUGGAGGAGCUGCAGAAAGAGAAGAACACACUGACCGUUCAGUUGGACCAAAGCGAUAGACGUCUGUCUCAACUGGAAGAAGAGAAGAAGACUUCAGAGCAAAGCCUCAAACGCACCCAAGGAUUAUUGAAUGAUAUCAAAGCCAAGUCAGAAGGACAGACAGAGGAGCUGAAGAGGCUUCAAGCGAAACUUCAGCAGCAGACUCAGACCUCAGAACGGGAGCUGGAACACCUGAAGAAGACGCUCUCUGAUGCAGAGUCCAAACAUGAAAAAGCUCAGAUUGAACUCCAGAAGCAGAAGCAAGAGCUGGAGAUGCUCUGCAACAAGGUGUCCAUCUUUGAGUCGGAGAGUUAUAAACUGAAGUCUAACCUCGCUGUGAGCCAGAACGAGUGUAAAACACUGAAAGAAGAGCAUCAAGCUGUGCUGGAGUGGAAGACAGCCAAGGAGAAGCUCAUCAAUGAAACCGAAGCUCUUCAGAAGAACCUCAAAGACCAAAUCAACAGUUUGGAGAGCGACCUCAGCUCAGUGAAUGAAGCUAAUGCUGAGCUUCAGAAGAAGCUCGUGGUUACAGAGGAAGAGAAGGGGACUCUUUCUGCUCACAUUGACUCUUUGAAAGGAGAACUCCUUAACAAAUGCACAGAGUUGGAGGAGAGAGAGCAUCAAUAUAAGGAGCUCCAGAACCAGCUCUCUGCAGCUGGACUAAAGCACACCAAAGAUCUGGAAAAUAUUGGAGUCCAAGUGACUCAGCUUGAAGCCCAGAUCACAGAGUUGGAGUCACGUCUGCACAAGGAAACUGCUCGAGCAGAACUUGCUGAGAAGACAAAAGCAGAGCUGCAGGAGGAACAUCAGGCUGCCUGUGACCUGGUCCACUCAAAGGAGCAGCUGGUAGAGCUGGGCCAGGCUGAGAACACCCAGCUGAAGGAAAGUCUUGGUCGGGUCACUGCACAGCUGGAGGAGCAAAAUUCCAGUUUUGCAGAGGAGAGGGCAGCCCUGCUGAAACAGUGUGAAGAGAGCGUUUCAGCCAAAGCUGAGGAGAAUGAGCGCAUCAAGCUAGAGACGGAGGAGGCCAAGCAGGAGCUGCUGCUCUGCAAAAGUCAGGUCACGUCCAUGGAGCAACUGUUAAAGGUCCAGGAGCAGCUAAGAGCUGAGCUGCAAAAAGAAAUUAAAACAACGUCUGAAGCUGAGGGGGAUCUAAAAAAGAUGUAUGAGAAGCAAUCUGAGGAGCUAACCCAACUGGAAAAGGAGCUGAAAAAUCAGCUGAGCCACACUGAGGAGAAAGAGAAGCAGCUCAGGGCGUCUGAAGCACAGGUGGAGUCUGCGGAGAAACUAAGAGAUGAGCUGGAAAAAACUGUUCAAAAGAUGAUGGAAGAAGCAGAGGUGCUACAACAGAGUCACACUGUGAAGCUCAACGCCCUGCAGCAGCAGAUUUCUUCUUUAGAAGAAGAGGUAGCCACAAACAAAGAUGCAGCCGAGGAAGUUCCACUCCUGAAGAACAAACUGGAUCUGGCCAACCGGUCCAUUGCUGACCUCAAAACAUCCAUAGAAGAUCUCAAAAACAAUCUCUUCUCUGCAAACAAUAAUGCUGCUAAUCUCAAUAGCACUCUGGCUGAAAAAAUGGAUCUAAUUUUAACAUUGGAGAAAGAAAUCAACGAUCUUGCAGACAGGAUGAGAGAAGAGUCCAAAAAGCACACCCAAGAGAUGGAAGUGGCCCUUGAUAAAGAGAAAGACUUGAAAGAGCAGCUAGAAACCAGCAGGAAGUCCUUAGCUACAGCCAAGGCAGAAUCAAACUCUCGGAGGGACGAAAUCAAAACCAUGAAGACGACUCUGUCUGCCGCCUCAGAUGGUUUGAAAGAGAGGGACGCCAUGAUCAAGAGUCUUCAGGAGAAACUGGACAAAGCAGAGACAGAGCAGGCCAAAACCUCAGAUCUCCUUAAGGAGAAGAUUGUCUCCAUGAACAAAAUAACGGUGCAGCUGGAGAUGCUGCAGAUGGAUCUAGAAGACAACGAGAAUGCCAUGAACUCUGUGGAGGAGCUGAAAGAAACUAUAGCAUCAAUGGAGGCCCAGCUUGCUCACAACCAGAGUCAAAUGUCAGAGAUGGAAGCCAGGCUGGAGGAAAGCAAAGCCCAGGUGUCUGUGUUGGAAACCCGUCUAGACGAGGUUCAGUCUGAGGUUUCUUUGCUGGAGACGAAGUAUGUCACCGCCAAAGAGGAGCUGUUUGAGAGAAGCUGUGAAAUAAGUCGUCUGGAGGAGGAAGCCAACAGGCGAGAGCAGCUUGAAGAGAAGCUCGUGACUUUAGAGUCUAAACUCAACCAAGCAGAGGAGGAAAAGACCAAAUCAGAGAUGGCACACAGACAGAUGAUUCAGGAAAAAGAACACAGCCUCAGUCAGGUGACUGAGGAGAAGCAAAACCUCGAGCUUUUGCUGAGCUGCUUACGGGACGACAGUAAACAGGUUGAAACUGAGAUGAUUCUGCUAAAAGAGGAGAAGAAGCAGCUUGACGCCCGAGUGGACAAGCUGUGGGAGGAAAACCAACAGCUGCAGGCCAGAGUUCAAGAGUUAGUUGGAGAAAAGCAGCAAACAGAAACUAAGAUUGAUGAAAUGGCUUUGAAGGCCCAAGAAGCUGAAUCUACUCUCAAUCAAGUCCUUGAAGAGAAAAGUCAUUUAGAAGUUGGUUUAAACCUGAUGAAUGAAGAAAAAGCCCAGAUUGAGGGAAAACUCCUGGCAUUGACCUCUGAGAAAAGUGAUUUGGUUUCUAACGUGAAUCGUUUGCAACAAGAGAAGCUUCAGUUAGAAUUCAGCUGUACUCAGUAUAGUGAGGAAAACGGCAAACUGCAGUUCAGUUUAAAUCAAGCAUCUGAGGAGAAGCAGCAGUUGGAAGACAAAACAGAGAAGCUGGAGGAGGGGAUGGCUUCUCUCAGAGAGGAGAACCAGCGGACGCAGCACUCCCUCCUUCUGUCCUCACAGGAGUGCCAGAGACUGAGGGAGCAAAUCGACAUGAAGACCAGCGAGGAACAUGAAAGGAACCAGCGGUUUGAGGCCGAGCAGGCAGAACUUCAGCAGAAACUUGCAGCCUUACAGAAGGAGCUGACUGUAUUCAAGCAGCAGUGUGAUUCCCUGCAGGAGCAAGUGGACCAACAGCACCGCCUCAUACAGCAGCUUUCUGAAUCCCCAAACCCCCAGGACCCAACAGAAGUCAGCUACCAUCAUCCCAUGAGCACAAACAUGGAUGUGAUUUCCAUGGAUGAGGCAGGAGAACAGGAGAACCUAGAACCAGAACCUGAUGCAAAUGUCAGCAUCAGUCCUGACUUACAUCCUUUAAAUGGACCAAGUGAUGCUUCUAGAAUGAGGGAACUUUCUCAGCAGUCUGACUCGGUCUGCAGUGUGGAUACAGGAGACAGUGAAGAUCAGCUGCUAUCUAGGAAGGGAAUCCCUGACCAAGAGAUGGUCCAAGAUCGUGUGGGGAGUGAGAAAGAGGAAGAAUGGGAUGGAGAUGUGGACAAAAUAAGCAAAGAGGACCAACUACCUCAGUCACAGGCUUCUGAGGCGAGCUGCAGCUCCGAAGACGUUCAAACAAAUGAUUCUGUUAUCUGUGAUCUAUGUGAGACGGAACAGCUAAAGUCUCCUGCAGCAGAGCUGAAAAACCAGGAGCUUCAUCAAUACCAGGAAAUCAUCUCGAAACAACAGCAAGAACUCCAGGCCUUACGUUCAGAGUUGGACUGCCUGAACUCUGACCUUGAAGUAAGAAAAGAGAUGACCUCUGAACUAGAAAUCCAGGUUCAGAACCUGGAGAAGAAAGUUGGUGUUGCAGAGGAGGAAGCACGGGGUGCAGCUCACCAGCUUUGCAGCGCUUUGGAGACGAGGAACAACCUUUCUUCAGAGCUGACCCAGCUCUCUGAGGAGAAGGAGACUUUAACUUUGCAGCUUCAAACUGCUCAAAGUCAGCUGACAGAUGCUAUGGAGAUGCUGCAAGGACUUGACAUGGCCAAAGGUGGAUGGGAUGAGAAGUUUCUCCAGCAGGAGAGCGAGCUAAAGAGGGUUCGGUCUGAAAAGGCUAACCUGGAGCAACACAUCCUGGGAAUGGAGGCAGAGCUGGAGAGCAUGCAGGUGGAGAGCUCCAGACGUAAAGAGGAAAUGGAAGCUCAAAAGAGAACAUGCUCGGCCAUGGAACAACAGCUGGAAACCCUCAGAACAGAGACAAUCCAGCUCAGAUCUGAGAUUGUGUUUUGCACUGAGGAGCGAGACGAGUUAACCCAGUCUGUGGCUCAUUGGAAAGACCAAGUGAAUUGUUUGGAGAAAUCUAACUGUGACAUCCGGAGUUUGAUUUCCAUCCUGGAAGACGACAUCCGAGCUGGAAAGAAGGAGUAUGAAGCUUUGCAAAGCAGCAUGGAGAAGCUGAAGGAGGAGAAGGAACAGCUGGUGGAGCAGGUUAAGGUGAUGGAAGUGGCCAUAACUCAACAGCAUGGGGAGAAGGAGGAGCUGCUUGGCCAUCUUAACCAGUGUAAAGAAGAUCAGACUUCAGCCGAUCAAAGCUCAGAGUCUAUGGUCGGCAAGAUACAGGCGCUGGAGGGGGAAGUGUGCCGCCUGUCACAGUCUCUGGAGUCGUCUCUGUUGGAAAAAGGAGAGAUUGCCUCGCGCCUGAAUUCCACUCAGGAUGAAGUCAUGCAGAUGAGGACCGGCAUUGAGAAGCUGCAGGUCCGCAUCGAGUCAGAUGAGAGAAAGAAGAAGAAGAUGGGAGAGUUGCUCAAAGCUGCACAGAGAAAAUCCGACUCUCUGCAGGAUCGCAUUGACGCUCUGGAGCGAGAGAAGGAAGAUUUAGAGCAAAGUCUGGAGCAGACUGUGCUACAGGCAGAAACAUUUAAAGCUGAGCUGGAGGAGGAGAGGAGACAGGUGGAGGAGGAGAAGGAAGAGCUCAGCAACAAACUAUCUGAGCUCUCUGCUACUUUGGAUCACCUGAUGGUGGAGAAAGCGCAAAUGGAAAGAGAGCUGCAAGCGAAAAGCAGAGAAAUAGAAGAGCUAAAGGCUGCCAAGGACGAGCUGGAGAAAGGGCUGGAGAAGGCAGAGGUGGAGAGAACAGAAAAAGAGAGCCUAAAAAACAGGGUAGAUGAUCUUGAGAGGGUCAUGAGGGAAGAAGCUGAGAUGCAAAAUAGAAAAAUUGAUGAUCUUCAGGCGCAGCUACAAACCUCCCGGCACAGACAAGAGCAGGUUGAGCAAAAGAGCAAAGAAAUGAAUGAAGAAAAGAAGAAGAUGCAGUUUUUGCUGGAAGAGAUGGAGAAGGAGAAACGGACUCUACAGAUUUCUCUGGAGGAGUGGCAAACAGAUUCACAACGACUUCGCUCUCAGGAAGAGGAGAGGCAGAAAGAGCGAAACAACCUGAGGGCCGAUGUUGAGUCACUGGAAGAGGAAAUAAAGAAGCUGAAGACCUCAUUAAGCGUUAAAGAGGAGGAAAUUUGCGCUUUGGUAAAAGAAAAGGAGGCGGAGGCAGAAAAAAGGCAAGCUUCAUUAAAGUCUAUCUCGUCUCUUAUGGAGGAGAAGGAGCAGGCGGAGAAGGUAAAUCUCCAACUGGUGGAGGAAAAGGAGAAACUGCAGUCAGGCCUGCUGUCAUUAGAGCAGGAGAUGGAUAACCUGCGCUGCAGUCUGAUUCCUUUAGGAGAAGAGAAGGACAGACUUCAUCAUGAGAGGGAGAUUUUGACAGACGAGAAAGUGAAGCUUCAAUCAGACUUCACCUCAUUAGAAAAGGAGAAAUGGGAUUUGGAGCAAAAGCUCACUACGCUAAAACAAGAGAAGCUGAACACGGAGAAAGACAAUCAGACGCUGGAGACAGAAAAACAGGAACUGUUGUCCUCCCUUCAUCUGCUAAAAGAAGAGAAGAAUAAUCUGUCUUCAACUUGCUCCUUGUUGGAAGCAGAGAAGCAACAGGCUCAAGAGGAGAAAGAGAAGCUCAAAGAAGAACUUGAAAGCCUCCAGAAAGUUUUUGCCUCUGCAGAGAGAAAAGUGGAAACACACAAGCAGUCCAUCACUAAACUGAGUGAACAGGUGUCUGAAUUGACGAACCACGCAGCUCGUUUGUCUAAAGAAAGAGACUCAGCCUUAAGCAAGAUGAACCUUUGGAUGAAGACGUGCAAACAGCUGGAGCAGGAGAAGCAAAAGAUUUUAAGCAGCUCAGGAGAAAAUGGGAGCAGGGAAGACCUGCAAGGUGAAGUGACCCAGCUGAGAUCAGAGGCCGAGGACAGAAAACGACAAGUAGAAGAGCUGAAAACGGUUCUUGAGAAGAAAAGGACAGAGGUGGAAGAUGGACUUCGGGAGUGUCGAGAAAAACAGAGAGAGUUGGGGGAACUUAAGGCUGACCUUAAAGCAAAGACUGAGGAGAUUCUGGAGAAGGAUAGAGAGCUGGAGAAAACCAGAGCAGAGCUGGAGGAACUAAACAGUCUCGCUGAGGAGAAAAGCAGAGAGGCAGACGAGUGCAUGGACAAAUACUGCAACCUGAUGGUUAAAGUCCACAAGCUGGAAGAGACCAACGACUCACUGAAAACUCAACUAGAACAGAUGAGCGCUAAUCAACGUGCCACCGAAGCUAGCAGCUCAGACAACCGCAGGCGUUCAGCCAGGAAGUCCUCCUCCAGACAUCAGGAAGAAAACCGCAACACGGAGAACGUGGCUCCUUCAACACCUCAAGCGACCUUGUCAGGGAAAAGAGGUCACUGUGACAUCAACGACAAAGAAAGUGCUCAGGAGGCCCUGCACAAUCUGACCAAAAAAAUCAAAGCCAACGCUGUGACCACGCCCAAACCCAGAAACGACGAGGAUGAGUUCAGGCCAGAGGGGCUUCCUGAGCUGGUGCAAAAAGGGUUUGCUGACAUUCCUCUGGGAGAGGCCAGUCCCUUCAUCAUACGGAGAACCACAGCCAGGCGCUGCAGCCCUCGGCUGGCUGCCAGAAGCCCCCUACCUGAUGGAAAGACUUUAGGGACUGUUCCUGUCCAGAGUCCUUCUUGUAGUUUGUCACCUGACAACUCCAAAAGAAACCAGCAGCUUCCAAGAGAACCACAGCCGGGAGACAACUGUCACGUUCAAUAGACUCUACUUUAUGCACAUCACAAAUGCACAUGUUUUCCUCCAUUCUUUUCUCUCCCAAAAGUUCAACCUAAAUAUUUUAACACCUACUUUGUUUUUAGAGGUGGAGGCCUUUUUUGGUGUUUUUAUUCACUUCUUUCACAGCAUAAAAGCUUUCUAAUAACCUUUGGUUGGUUAACAUCAUGCAAAGUCACACAAAGUAAAGUUUCCAUAACAUCUUCAUGUCUAGACGUUCUCUAUAGGAAGCUGCAUUCUUAAAUCACUCAAUAUCACAGCAACAUUUAUGGUGUAAAGUCACUAGCUGAGUUGUGUUUGUUUCUUUCAGAGUUUUCAUGUUUUGUUGGGUUCUUUCUGUUUUGCCCUCAACUUUAGUCGUCCAGUGAGUCGCAUUUGCUUUACUGUCUGUUUCCUCUAAUGUAUCUUCUGGCAGCUAGCUUCUUUUUUUCUGCAUUGGCUGCUUCCAUUUUUUACUAUAAUUUUUUUAAUCUAACUUUAAUUUUGUAUGCAUAGAUUGGAAGUAACAAUUCUUGUAAAUAGUUUUUUUUAUAUUUUCUUUUAAUAAACAUUGAUUUAGCUCUUU